ACACUCUCCCUCCAAGUUACACCUGACAUUUCAGCAAACACAUUAUCUUAUUUCUGAAGCGAAGGGAUAUUACAUAAACUCGGGACUGUCGAUUCUGCGCAUUUAGUGCACUAAUAACUCACAGCCAUGAUUAAGAAAAUGUCUCCCUCAGAAAACGAGUUUGACAUCCCGGCGAAAAACUGCUACAGGAUGGUUAUUCUGGGCUCGACUAAAGUUGGCAAGUCGGCUAUAGUGUCCCGGUUCCUCACUGGAAGGUUUGAUGACCAAUACACACCGACCAUAGAAGACUUUCACAGAAAACUUUACAGCAUCAGAGGAGAUGUCUACCAACUGGAUAUUUUGGACACCUCGGGAAAUCAUCCUUUUCCUGCUAUGAGGAGACUAUCGAUACUGACAGGUGACGUAUUCGUCCUGGUUUUCAGUCUGGACAACCGAGAAUCGUUUAACGAAGUGCAGCGCCUGAAGCGUCAGAUCUACGAGACUAAGUCGUGCCUGAAAAACAAGACAAAGGAGAAUAUGGCCGUGCCGUUGGUGAUCUGUGGAAAUAAAGGAGACCGCGAGUUCCAGCGCGAAGUGGCACGUGCGGAGAUCGAGCAGCUCGUGGCCGGGGAUGAGCAGUGCGCCUACUUCGAGAUCUCUGCUAAGCGCAACACCAACGUGGACCUGAUGUUCCGCCGACUCUUCGCCAUGGCCAAGCUGCCCAACGAGAUGAGUCCUGACCUGCACCGCAAGGUCUCAGCGCAGUACUGCGACAUGCUACACCGCAAGUCAUUUAAGGGCAAGAAGCCGAAAGACUGUGAUGCGUACGGUGUGGUUGCGCCUUUCGCACGCCGCCCGAGCGUGCACAGCGACCUCAUGUACAUAAAGGAAAAGGCGGUCGGUGGUGCCCACGGCAAGGACAGGUGUGUCAUCAGCUAAGCGCGUCACUCCGAAAAUCUGAAAUUACUCAGGAUGAGUUGUUGAACUGAACGCCGGACGGAAUUGCGCGCGCGAACGGAGAAGCGUAGAGCAGAAGUGCACGGCCCAACUCCUCAUCUGGACGCCCUGUGGUCGUGCGCUUCAUUAAACCUGCGAGAAUCCCCUUGGCGGAGUGUUGACUGUUCGGUUCACUCAGAGCGCUCGGUAGUCUCGAUUAGCUUCUUGUGAGAAAAUAGUGCUUGUUCCAUCUGCAUCUGGACAUGGUGAACUACGCCACGCGCGCAGAGCUGCAGUGUUGAAUUACCUGCUAGUGUUUACAUUUUUAUAUGUUUUUUUUAUCAAAUAAUUGGAUAUGAUAUUUGCUUUUUGAACAAACUGUUGUGGAUGUUUAUUUAUACUUUCUAUGAGUGUAAAUGUUUAAAAAAAGAAAUAAACAAACUGGCGACUGAAUAUAUCCCUUUUCCUCCAGUCAUUACUACUCUGCAGAGGGUUUAGUACUCGGUUUUCAGUGAACACACACGCUAAUGAAUAAUGAGUAAAAUGGAAAAAGUAAAAAACAAAAGACACUAAUUGUUAUAG